AUGCUGGGUUAGGCGAAUUCGGCAUCUGGAAUGGCUGUGCAUGAUGACUGCAAGCUCAAGUUUCUGGAACUAAAAGCAAAGAGGAACUACCGAUUCAUCGUUUUCAAGAUUGAAGCUCAGCAAGUGGUGGUAGACAAACUUGGAGGCCCUGAAGAAACCUACGCGGAUUUCACUUCAUCUCUGCCAACUGAUGAAUGCCGCUAUGCUGUCUAUGAUUUUGAUUUCACCACUGAUGAGAAUUGCCAGAAAAGCAAAAUUUUCUUCAUUGCAUGGUCACCUGACACUUCAAAGGUGAGAAUGAAGAUGGUGUAUGCAAGCUCCAAAGACAGAUUCAAGAGGGAACUAGAUGGGAUUCAGUUUGAGUUGCAAGCAACUGAUCCAAGCGAGAUGAGCCUCGACAUUGUAAAAGGGCGAGCUAUUUAGACACUAAUUAAUCCUUCUCUUAUUUAUUUUUUGUGACAAAAUUACAUGUCAUCAGACUCAGCAUUGAUUAUUUUUUUGUUUUAAUUAUUUAAUUUAUUUUCUGUUGGAUGGGGUUUUAGUUUUACACUAACCCCCUCUAGUUUUUAUGUAAUAUGCGUACGUACUUCUAUGUUGUUUGUUCCUUUUUCUGCCGCUUCAUUUGGCAACCUACUAUUCUUUCCUCUUGUAAUUUUCACAUUUGUA